UUGAGAGCGUAUAAAAAAAUUAAUAGGUUGUUACACUUACGCCUUGUCUAACGUUAUCUCAAUAGUAAAUACAACAUGUGUAUAGAUUAAAGUUUAAGUGCGCAGACAGAAAGAAUACCAGGUCCGAUGUCGGUACAGAAGUGAGCAAUAACAGUAUCACUCCUACCACAGCGAUGCCUAACACUCUGAAAACUAGGUCCUUUUUUGUAUGCGGUGCGUGUUGCGCAGUGUUAAAUUUCGUUUCUGUAAGUUAUUAGACAAGCCCGAAUUUUGUCUCUAUUCUCGAUUAGGAAACACUACCCAACGUGCAGGAUGAAUUCGUCUGUUCUCUGCCUUUUUCUCCUGGUAGCUGGAGCGACGACACUGGCAUUGGCAACAACGCCUGCACACACUACCGGUAACAAAGCAACCACAAAAGCGACGGUUCAUACCACCACUGAAAGACCGAAGACGACCCAUAGUCAGCCCACCACCGCACGAAAGACUACCCAUAGUCAGCCCACCACCGCACUGAAGACGACCCAUAGUCACCCCACUCCUGCUCCAAAGACGACCCAUAGUCAGCCCACCACCGCACCGAAGACGACCCAUAGUCACCCCACCACCGCACCGAAGACGACCCAUACCCGCCCCACAACUGCACAGAAGACAACCGCUAACCACACGCCCGGAAAAACCACCAAAACCCCAACCCAUACCACCGCUGCGUCUGCUAAUACCACAUCCAAUGCAACUGGUUCAACUGUUGGUCCAAAAACACCGGAGCUCACAACAGUUCCCGGACCAGAAAAUGUUAUACCCACUUACCAGCUUAAGAAUGGCAGCGAGGUCUGCAUGUUGUUCGUCUUCAACGCAACAUUGACAAUCAAAUAUGAAACUACAAACAAUCAGACCGGCGUGGCCACAAUUCCCAUUGGCGGAAAUAUCAACGGGACGGACACUGAGUGGACCCUGAAUUCAAUAUGUAGGGGUGAUGCAUUUAGGUAUUUCCAACUUUCUGCAGGCUAUGCUGUACCUAACUCCAUUGCGACUGGUUAUGCGUCCUUGGGUUUCAAAUUCGACAUGAUCCACCCGGAUAAGCCCUUCUACAGUUUAUGGAUCCUGAAUGCCACCUGGUCGUAUUUCGAGCCGUUCUUCCCACGAGAUGUAAAGAACUACGGAAAAGAAGUGUGGGCAGCUAACGCAUCUGUGUACGCGGGCACGAUGGGGAAGACGUUUGGGUGCCAGACCCUCAAAGUCAAACUGACCAGUAAUCCGAAGCUAGAUGUGUCGAUCAUUCUGGAUCACGUGAUGUUACAGCCUUACGCGGACCAUGCCAACGGUACAUUUGGUGACGUGGAAGAGUGUACUAAGCCAAACCCGACGACCAUGGAGCCGACCACAGCCAACGCAACUAUGGCCACCACGGCGUUCCCUCAUCCCCCCACCAAGCCCAGCCCCAACAACGGGGGCAUGAUCGCCGGCAUAGUCAUCGGUGUGUUGGCCUUUGUCGUCCUCAUCAUUGGAAUCGCCGUGUUCGUGGUCAGGAAGCGGAGGAUGAAGGAAGCAGCCUACGGCCACCUCGACGAGGAACACAAGGAUUACGUUCACUAGCUCAGCGUCCUGAAGCGCCAGGAAGUCUACAGUUUUGGACUAUUGAUAAAAUGGCUUCUGAUCCUUGUUAUAAUUGAAAGUGUUUUUAAAGCUAUA